CUCCUACACGGGGCAGUACUCGACAUUUGACGUGAAUUUAUUUACAAGCCUGAAAUUUAACGCUUUUCCAAGUGGAAUCGGAGGAACUGAGUGGUUUACGCGAGUGAAGCAAGUGUGAGACGAACAGUGCCAUUCCAAACAACCAUUGCUCAUAGUUGUGCUAAAACUUCUAAAUCGUACAAUUAACGCUAAAGGUAGCAUUAAAUACUCCAAAACGCCUGUCGAUUCAUACGAACAAAAAAAUUUCACCCGAAAUUUGUACUAAUCCUAAGAUUCCUGGGCAAAUUUGUUUAUAAGCGCACAACCUUAACGUAAAUAGUUUUUACCUAAAAAAAAAAAGUGAAUGCAACUGUGAUGCCAUUCAAUCAAGCUUAUAUGAGUAAAGACAAGUGAUUCGUUGCAAUAUCGUCAAAGAUGUUACCAAAGGGAAAUAGUACUGAUUUUUAUAUAGUGUUUUGAAUCGCAAUGACCAAAGUUACGCUAUUCACAUUUCGAUAGUUACUAGAAAGGUCCUUUUCUCAUCUAAAACGAAUGAAAAUGUCGUGAAGAACGUGGUUCAGCAAAGGUAACGAAUCGCAGUAUUCUCACAUCAAUAUAUUCUGUGCGUUACCUGGAUGCCCGUAGUUUUAUACGAUGGCGCGAAAAGGCGAUAACACAAGAUGUAUCAGUGUUGCCGUCGUUGGCUUGUCUGGCACCGAAAAAGACAAGGGACAAGUCGGUGUGGGAAAAUCAUGUCUCUGCAAUCGUUUUAUGCGAUCUUUGAGCGAUGAUUACAGCGUGGAUCACAUCUCCGUACUCUCGCAGUCGGAUUUCAGUGGUCGAGUAGUGAACAACGAUCACUUCCUCUAUUGGGGCGAGGCCUUUAAAACUUCAGAGGAUGGUUUGGAGUACCAGUUUCAAGUAAUAGAGCACACAGAAUUCAUAGACGAUGCUUCUUUUCAGCCCUUUAAAGGCGGUAAAAUGGAGCCCUAUGCAAAAAGGUGUUCCUCGACUAAAAUUACGAGCGCCGAGAAACUGAUGUACAUUUGCAAGAAUCAGUUGGGAAUAGAAAAAGAAUACGAGCAGAAAGUUAUACCCGACGGCAAAUUGAACAUUGACGGUUUCAUAUGCGUGUUUGAUGUGAGCGUCGUACCUAAUCGCUCGAUAGAAAAGCAGGUUGAGAUUGUCGCCAAUGUUCUGAAUAAUCUAGUGAAAACUAAAAAACCAGUUGUUUUAGUAACGACUAAGAACGACGACGCCAACGAACAAUAUGUCAAAGAAGCCGAGAGGCUUGUUUUGCGCAAAGAGUACAAAAAUUCCAUAGCCUUGGUCGAAACCUCCGCACAUGAGAAUAUUAAUAUCGACUUAGCUUUCAUGGUUUUGGCUCAGCUGAUCGAUAAGACCAAAGUACGUAGCAAAAUAAUUCCUUUCAGCGAGGCUAACAGGGCGAGAAAGGAACUUAUGGACGCAUCCACAGACUCUUUGCAGAGGCUUAUUCGAAUACAUGUUACUGAUUAUCGAGCCCUUUGGUCACAAGCUUCGAAGAAACUCGCACAGCACAAGGAAUUUACGGCCUUUGUCGAACUUUUUGGCAUUGACGCUACCCAAAGAUUAUUUAGAAGGCAUAUUAAAAAGCUCAAGGAUGAACAAGUGGCCAAAAAAAUCCAGGGCUAUUUGGAUAUGCUCCCGGAUAUUCUUCAUGAAAUUUGUCCCGACAUCUCUAAUUUAAUAAACGAGGAGUGGUCAACAAUUCAGCAGUAUAUAAAAGAGCAUCCAGAUUUUCACCAGUACUUCUAUGAGUGCCCGGAAGACAUUCCCUGGAUUGAUUACGACUUUGGUGAAAAUAACACUUCAAAGAUUCCUUAUGACGUGUUGGAAACUUCCGAGGCUGAAACUGUUUUCAAGAAUCACAUAAAUCAAUUACAGCAAGAACAACGCAGACUCGAACUUCCAAAAAGAUACAAAAAGCAGUUUAAGCAAUUGCUGGAAGAGACUGGAUAUGUUACUCCAGGAAAGCAUCUCUCUGAAGUCAGAGUACUUUUUAUGGGUCGAGAAUGUUUCGAAGCUUUGUCGCAUCACGAUUGUCAAGAAGUAUAUGAUCAGCAUCAAAAAGAGAUUAUCGAAAAAGCCAAGCACAAUUUUCAAGAAUUAUUGUUGGAACACGCCGAUCUGUUCUAUCAUUUUAAAAGCUUAGCUCCAUCUGGCACUAUUACGCAAGAUGAUAUAAAAGACAUAACCGACGCAUUGCUAGAUGACUUUAGGGGAAAACAAUUUCUUGUUUGCAGGUAUAAGGCUUUAGAUAGACUGGAUCAAGACAGAAAGCUGAUGCUUUUUCAACACUUAGGAUUUGUACAUUGCCCUAUCAGGGAACAUUGUCCCGCGUUUCCAAAUUGUAUGGACGCUCUUAUCGAGCGACUACUUGGAACAAAGGCGCACCGACCGUCUUCCUGGAAUCAUAGUAGUCAGUGGCAAUUGACGUCCGAUAAUAAUCAAUUGAAUUUAGUCAUACUCGGUAGUAAUGGACUUAGCGAGGAAUUCGCUUGUGAAAUCCGAGCACAAACAGAGGACGAUGAGGUCGAAAUUGAUUGUCAAAUGUAUACUCUGGGUUAUAGAGUUAUCGAUGGAGACGUUGGAUUACCGCACAAUUCUUUCACGACUUCGGACUUCAUGCCUCAUGGAUCAUUUUGCAUUUACUGCAAUGAGGAUUCUUUCGAGUAUAUUCGCUCGUCUUUGGAGAAAACCCUUCUUUCCAAUUUGGAGCAGGAAGACCGGUUACCAUUCCAGGGAUUACCGAUCGUGAUCAUGUUCGUGCCUGAUCAGUGCAUUGAUGAAAUGGAAGCAUCUAGGCUGCGGGUCGAAGGGCAAAAUUUAGCUGACAGUUUGCAGUGUCCAUUUAUCGAUGUCUGCAUUGACGAUUUGGAACAGAACAAACGAUUUCCAAGUUCGCUGGUAAAGGAGGCUUUGCAGCAACUUGUACAGUCAAUAAAUCAUCGCGCUGGUUUUAUAAACAUUUAUCAGAGUGUAAUUGAAUGUUUGGAACCCGAUAUUAGGAUUAUAAUGUGUAUGUUUUGUGGGGAUCCUUAUUCCGUCGAAAAUGUCCUUGGCCCUUUGCUGAGCCAUCAGUGUUGUUUUUUGAGCGGGGAGAGGUCCAUUGUAUUGGAAACAUUUCUGGGAGAAUCAAAACGCAGAGUCGAAGUAAUAAUAUCUAGCUUUCAUGGAGCGAAUGCUUUUCGAGAUGAACUCGUUCAUGGUUUUAUAUUGGUGUAUUCUACUAAGAGAAAAGCCUCUCUUGCAACUUUAAACGCCUUUUCUAUGAAUAUACCAAAUUUACCGAUACAAAUAAUGGCAGUGACGGACACUGGUGGGGCGAAUGCAUUUUUUAGCAGUGACCUAAGUCAUUUACUUAUCACCGAAGGAAAUGCCACAGCGGAUAGACUUCAGGCUCACUUUAUGACCUCUUCUUCCAGUUGUCAGCAGAAAACUGCUUUCUACACACCAUUUUUCAAAGAAGUGUGGGAGAAAAAGCCAGAAAUCGAGCAGGCCUUCAAUAUGGAAGAGCCGGGUAAUUUGAACGACAGUGGUGAAGGGACAUUGGAAUAUUCUGCUCUGCAUCCGAUGCCACCUCCUCGUCACGAGAGUUAUCAUCUUCAAACACCAGAUGAUGGUAUGUCCGUCACUUUCAGGAGCGGAUCCGAGUCGUACGAGCAAUUGACACCUGAUGGGGAACUUGGUGAGACAGGAUUGAAUGAACACUUUGGUCAUAGAGCAACGCCCAGCGAUGAUAGCGAUAUUUACAGUCAGGUGGAUUUCCUCCGAGAAGAGAGAGACAGGGAACAUACGCAAAGGACGAAUAAACUUCCAGGUUGGGUGAAAGAUACGUUUAUGAAUCAGGACAGCCACCAGAACAGUUAUUCUCAUCGGGCCUUCACCACUGGUCGACGACAUAUAUCGCAGACGAAGCCACGUCCCAAAGGAAACAGCCAGACUCUGAAACAACCGGGAAAGAUAAACUUGAAAGACUUUUCAAAUGUGACAGACGCCAUCGCGAGGAUGACAAUAGGCGAGAAAGAGGAGCAUGGCUCGAAAAUGUUGGGUCACGCUCCACUUGCGACGCCCGAGUUGGUGGAUCUGGGUUCAGAAUACGCCCAGGUGAAAGACGUCGUUCCAAAUUUGUACUCUUACGACGGAGACUACAUGUACACUCUGGUGCAGGAUUCGAUUGGGAACAACAAGUCGAAAUUGCGAUACAGGCGGAAGAAGGGACAUCCAUCAUAUAGCGAGUCAGAUUCUGAAUGGAGUUCCUUGGAAACGAUAGCUGAUCUGCGCGGAGUUGCUAACAAGAAAGCUCCUGCUCACAAGAGAAUACGUAAAAAGCGAACUGCGAUUCCAGUUGCGACCCCCAAGGUCCCAUCGCUGGCGAGCAUGAAAAGCGGCGACGGUAUUGUUGGCUUGAAUUACGGAGUGAAGGAAGACAAGAGUUGGAGGGUAGAUCCAAAUGAGAGAGUUUCGAGCGAAACUCCAGAUUCUUCGGAAUCAAGCGACCAAGAGCACAAUUCCAGAACCAGGUCGAAGCAGUACAUUCAAGCUGCGACGCAUCUUCAAAAGAGAUUUGGAAACUCUAUCCCCCAUCAACAUUUAGCAGCUACAUUGCAGCAUCCAUUUAAUUUAAAACAUAUGACGCACGAUAUGUUUUCUACACAUUCCAAGCAAAGAGGUGAUAAUAACUUUGGCAACAUGCCAGAUGAUGAGUCUAGUGUUGAUGUCUCGUCUCCGAGGGAAAUAAAUUCUCCUAGUUUUGGUAUUCUGACGAAGGGAAAAGAUGGCGACAAAUUGACCAGAAAGAGAGACAAGCAAAAGGCGAAGGAAGAUGAGAAGCUGGAGAAACGUAGAUUGAAAGAGGAGAAAUUGAAGAAGAACGCUGAAAAAGAGAGGGAAAGGGAGAAGAAGAAGCAGGAGAAAAUGAAGCAGAACAAGGGCUCGAGUGGAAUGAAUAUUUCGGGACAGAUGCAACCGCAAUCUUUGAUUGAAGAUUUUGCUCAAAGCGAGACUAAUCGAAUACCUCUUUUUCUGGAAAAAUGCGUGCGUUUCAUCGAGGACGAGGGACUUGAUUCGGAGGGGAUUUAUAGGGUGCCUGGAAAUCGAGCACAUGUUGAACUUCUCUUUCAAAAGUUUGAUGAUGAUGGCAACGUGGACAUACAUUCACUGGACAUCCCUGUAAACGCUGUUGCAACAGCUCUGAAAGAUUUCUUCUCGAAGAGAUUACCUCCGCUUAUCGACAAGGAACGCAUGUCCCAGUUGGAAGACAUUUCAGGAGCACGUGGAACUAACACAUCGACGUCAUCUACGUGCAUGAAUAUGGAAGAUAGGAGUUGUAGACUGCUAGCUCUGCGGCAAAUGCUGAGUAAAUUGAAUCCAGUCAACUUUGAGGUUCUCAAAUUCAUUUUUCAACAUUUUGUCAAAGUGGCUGAAAAUUGUAAGCUGAAUAGUAUGGAUAGCAAAAAUCUGGCAAUUUGCUGGUGGCCUACGCUCUUACCGAUAGAGUUCAACGAUUUGGGCAGAUUCGAAGCGAUGAGGCCGUAUCUGGAAGACGUUGUGCAAACGAUGAUCGACCAAUAUCCUUUUCUAUUCUGUGGCAAGGAAGCCAUCGUAAUGGUCUAGUGAAAAAGUGUCAGCACAAGGUAUUUGACCACGGAGCAAAUCUGCUUUCUCUUGUAUAGUAAGACACAUCGUUGUAUAAUUUUCUUCCCUCAUCUCGCUCAUCAAGAGCAAAGAGUAAAAUCAGCUUUGAAUCUCUUUCGAAUCUCUAUGACAAAAUGAACGAACGAACAAACAAACAAACCAGCAACUUGAACAAUUUGAACAAUUAACGCAUAAUAGUUGGUCUCAACUUAGUUUGUAAUAUUUUUCCGUCAUAGACAUACGUACAAUACGAUUAGUUUAGUCUAACGAUAACGCGAGAGAGGAACUUUGGUCUUUUUCGGUUUUUGUAUCGCGACUCGUAACUAAUCAGAAAAUACGAUCGAUCAAUUCAUAAUUCCUGAUGAGUCGAAUUUUUCAAAUUGGCAUAGGCGACGAAUCACGUCGCUCUCCAUGUGUCAUUUAGUAUGCAUGUGUCAUGUUGGAUGUAUGGAAGACAUUGUAUUUAUUAGCAUGUGUUAGCGUCGUUGAAUCGGUACUCGAUCGUAGCCAUUAAAUUAUAUGAAACAUACUCGAUGUUGCUUUUCCUUGAUGAAUGCUUUAUUUUUCAAUUUCGUCACUUUCUAUUCUUGCACAGGCCUCUACGUACAACUACUACA